AACACAGCACUCGGUUCACUCUGCUGGUGACUUGGUGGGAGGAGGUAGGCUGGACUAGUGCCUCUCUUCUGACCGUCGUACCCGUGAGUGUCUUCAUCAUGGCGGAACGCGGCUGUUGGUUACUCUGCUUCAUUAUUGCUAGCUUGGCAUUGGCCUUCGUGCCGGCUAUAUACUCCAGCAAACCCACGCCGUCUGCCUCGCCCCCGACACCCACCUUGUCCACGCUUCUCAACCUUUCCACCAACAAGCCCAAAAGCACGAAGCAUGGGUUUCUUGAGGGUAUUCGACUUCCUAAAACAAUUCUGCCUCUACGAUAUGAAAUUCACCUCCGGCCUUACCUGAGCGGGGACUUCAAGGUAGAAGGAGAGGUGAAGAUAGACGUGACGGUGCAAGCUCCAACCCAAUUCUUCCUUCUACAUAUGGUUGAUAUCGUCACCCUCAACCACACAGCCAAGGUUGUGGUGACAGGAGGCAACAAAGGAAUUGGGAUCGUGGCCCAGCGGUACUCCAACGCCGACAUGCUCUAUGUUGCAGAGCUGGGGGAAGAGCUUUUAAAAGGAAACAACUACACUUUCUCCAUCAGCUUUUUAGGUACACUUGGCCAGCACCCGCGAGGUUUUUACAGGUCUUCUUACACCAAAGAAAACGGAGAUAUCAGCUGGGUGGCGUCAACGCAGUUCCAAGCAGUAGACGCGCGGCGAGCCUUCCCUUGCUUCGAUGAGCCAGAGAUGAAGGCCACGUUCAAAGUCUUCCUAGCUAGAAAAGAAGGAAUGACUGCACUGUCUAACAUGCCUCUCCUCCACACCACUGCCAUUGACGGAGAGGUGGGCUGGUUCUGGGACGAGUUCGAGGAGUCUGUGCCAAUGCCAGUGUAUCUCGUCGCCUUCGCCAUCUCAGAUUUCUCGAAGCGCGAGGUGAGCGGUGGGAAGGACAACACGACGCUAAUCAGAGCCUGGGUGAGAGAAGCAGCUCUUUCAAAACUUGACCUCGGGAUCCAUGCGUCCGUCGUGGGUCUUGACUUCCUAAGCAAAUAUUUCGAGGUUCCCUACCCACUCUCAAAGUUAGAUAUGAUUUGUCCCCCUGAGAUGAGUCCAAACGCCAUGGAAAACUGGGGACUCAUCACUUACAGGGAGGCCUCGCUCCUUUACACCCCUGGCAAGUCUUCGCUGAGAGAGAGGGAGUGGACGACGUACCUGGUUGGACACGAGUUGGCCCACAUGUGGUUCGGAAACUUGGUCACCUUCAAGUGGUGGAAUGACCUGUGGCUGAACGAGGGUUUCGCCACCUAUGUUGGGACAGUGGCCAUGGAUCAGAUUGAGCCUGAAUGGGGCGCUCUUGAUCAGUUUGUGGUAAAGAAGCAACAGUCUGUGAUGGCCCUGGACGCCCUUAAGUCUUCCCACCCUGUCAGUGUCCCUGUGCCUGACCCUGCAAUCAUCAAUGAAAUUUUUGACACUAUCACUUACAACAAAGGUGCGUCCGUUAUCCGCAUGAUGAGCAAGUUCCUGACAGAGAGAGUCUUCAGGGAGGGCCUCCGAAACUACCUCACGACAUUGAUGUUCAAGAACGCCGAGCAGGACGAUCUGUGGCACUACUUGACGGAGGCUGCACACAUGGCCGGCACGCUGCCCGCCAACCUCACCGUCAAGACCAUCAUGGACACGUGGACGCUGCAGAUGGGCUUCCCCGUGGUGACCGUGACGCGAAUCAGUAACACCACAGCUACCGUCACUCAGGAAUACUUCAAAUUAGACGACACCACUCUUUGUCCCACCACUCCUCCCUCCUCCACUCCCUCCACAUCCCCCGCUCCUCCCAUCAAGAGCUGGUACGUUCCCCUAACAUACACAUCUGGAGACCAGCCAGACUUCAAUGACACGCGGGUGAAGCUCUGGAUGGCUGCCGGGGAGGACCCACCGACUUAUGAAGUGACUCUGCCUAACUCCUCACACUGGGUCAUCUUUAAUGUACUCCAGUCCGCCUACUACAGAGUCAACUACGACGAAGCCAACUGGAAGCUCCUGGCGCGGCAGCUUAAGGAGAACCAUCACGUGAUUCACGCCAUCAACAGAGCCCAGAUCAUCGAUGACGCAUUCAACUUGGCCCGGGCAGGCCGUCUGUCCUACGAGAUGGUGUUGGAUCUGAUCUCCUACCUCUCACAGGAGAAGGAAUACGUGCCCUGGAGCGCCACUUUCAGUAAUCUCCAGUACAUUUACUCUAUGUUCCAUCGUGACCCGGCCUAUGGUGCCCUUAAAGAUUACAUUCUCUCUCUUAUCCAGCCACUUUACGAUCACAUUGGGACAGAAGAGCUUUCCUCAGAUUCCCUGCAGAACCAGCAGCUGCGGUCUGACAUGCUGACUUGGGCAUGUCGCCUUGGUAACGUCCACUGCCGCAACAUGUCACUCAGUCUUUACCGACAGUGGAUGGCUGACCCGGCAGGUUUCAAGGGCAUAUCCCCCAAUAUCAUGGAGGCUGUGGGGUGCACAGCUCUGGAGGUGGGCGGGGAGGCUGAGUGGAGUUUUGCGUGGAAGCAGCCUCAAAUGAAAGACGCCCUCGGCUGCACGCGGGAGCUGUGGAUACUGAUGCGUUAUCUGGACGGAGGGUUUAAUGCAUCAUCUGGAAUUCGCCGUCAGGACGCGGCGAUAACCUUCCGCAGGGUGGCCAUGCGAGCCACAGGCGCUGUGUUGGCCUGGGAUUACAUGCGCGCCAAUUGGGAACGCAUCGUUGAAUACAUCGGCACCACUUUCUUCGCUCUUCCCAGGAUGGUGGAGGACGUCACCAGGUCAUUCAACACCCGCCAGCAACUGCAGGAGCUCCAGGAAUUCCAGAAGCAACACAACAGCCGACUACUGACCGCCACCACCGCAGUGCAGCAAGCCGUGGAGGCCACCACGAUCAACGUGGUAUGGAUGAACAAUAACAGGAGGUUCAUUGUGGACUGGCUGGCAAGGCACGGCUACACCUCAGAACUGAAUACACUCUAGCCUCGGCUCACCUGUGGCAGAGCACCUCAGUAAUCUAAACUAGUUUUAGUUAAGGGUACAAAUAUACAAUUUUCUAUGACAUGGUGUAGUAAAAAAUGACAUUAAUUCUGCGUAGACUUUUUUAAGAAAGGGCGCUACUAAAACAAAUAAUGCAAAGUAUUCGUAAUAACGCUAACACAAAGGUGAAGUGUAUAAUGAAGUAGAACACGGAAAGAUGAUUUUAACUCUGGUGA